CUGAUAUCUCGUUACUUCGGACCUCCCAGCCAUUCAUUCAUUACGCUUUUCUAAAUACUGCAGGGCCUAUCGCCUUGAGCGAAUCCAGCCUCUGGAAGAGGUCUAUUUCAAAAUGCAGAGUGAUACACCCAAACGUCCAACAAAGAGAUAUGAUGGACUAGUUUCUAAUAAGUUUCUAGCCAAACACUUUUUCAACGACCCAACCCACCUUGUCAGUUCUGCCUUACGCUCGCUGACUCUCACCAAUCCGUCGCUCGCUUUCGACGAAGAGAAUAAGAUUAUUUACAGACGCCCAACGGGGGAUGCAUCCACACAACCUAAAGUCUCAAUCGUCUCCGGCGGAGGCUCCGGCCACGAACCCGCUUUUGCCGGGUUUGUUGGCAAAGGCCUCCUGACGGCCUCCGUGGCUGGAACAAUAUUCGCUUCCCCGUCCGCAGAGCAAGUCAGAAGAGCUGUGAUGCAGCGAGUAGAAGUUUCCAAGGGUGUGCUUAUUAUCAUAAUGAAUUAUACGGGUGACGUGCUCAAUUUUGGAAUGGCGGCGGAAAAGGCAAAGGCAGCUGGGAUUAAAACCGAAUUCUUUGCCGUUGGAGAUGACGUUGGAGUUGGAAGGACGAAGGGAGGGAAGGUAGGGCGAAGAGGCAUUGGUGGUGGGAUUCUUGUGCUGAAAAUAAUCGGAGCUUUGGCGGAAGCCGGGGCUUCGCUGAGCGAAGUAUAUGCGACCGCAAAACUGGUUGCAAAGAAUGUUGUGAGCUUAGGAUCGUCCCUGGAGCAUGUGCACGUCCCCGGAAGAGAGACUUCAGACGCUUCAGAGGUGAUACCUGAGGGUGAGAUUGAAGUGGGGAUGGGAAUUCAUAACGAACCUGGCUCUCAUCGAGUCAAAAACACAUUGGAGGAGCUGAUACAGACCAUGCUCAAACAGCUUUUAGAUCAGGAUGACAAGGAUCGAGGAUUCUUAAAAUGGGAUUCUCCAGACAAGUUUGUCCUUUUCAUCAACAACCUUGGAGGUGUCAGUACCCUGGAGCUCUCUGGAAUCACUGCCGAGACGAUCCUUCAACUGGAGAGAGACUAUCACAUUAAGCCAGUCAGAACAAUCCAAGGAACGUUUCUGACCAGUUUGAAUGGAAUGGGUUUCAGCAUCUCGUUACUGAGGCUAGUUGACACUAGACUUGGACAGGGAAGAUCUCUGCUGGAGCUUUUGGACGCCCCUGCUGAGGCUGUUGGAUGGGCUGCUCCCAUCCAAACAUCGACCUGGGAAAGUCAAUCCGAUGCUACAUUCGAAGGUCGACGAGCGUCGUCCGUUCAAGAAGCCCCUUCCAACCUAAAAGUGAAUAUCUCCGUUUUCAGGAAGGCUGUGUUAUCCGGUCUAAACCGGUUGAUCGCCGCAGAAAGCACAGUAACUCGCUACGACACCGUCGUGGGCGAUGGGGACUGUGGUGUCGGCCUAAAACGCGGAGCAGAAGCUAUCGUCAGUCUUUUGAACAAUCCCUCCGUCCCAUUAAACGACGAUAUUCUCUGUAGCCUAAACAGAAUCAUCAGCUUAGUCGAAACUACCAUGGACGGCACGAGCGGUGCCAUCUACGCUAUUUUCCUUAACGCCCUUGCGCAUGGCCUCCGCGAGCAAGAUUCUCCAUCUAAUUCAAUAUCGGUCACUGCCAAGGUCUGGUCACGGGCGCUGCAACAAUCAUUGAAGGCGUUAGCGAAGUAUACCCCUGCCCAACCCGGGGAUCGGACACUCAUCGACGCACUGGUACCUUUCAUUAAUAAACUGGCUGAAUCUGGGGAUGUUAAAGCCGCUGCAUGUGCGGCGCAGGAGGGUGCCGAGUCCACUAAGAGCAUGAAAGCUAGUUUAGGAAGAUCAGUGUACAUCGGUGGUGAAGAUGAGUGGAUAGGUAAAAUUCCAGACCCUGGGGCAUAUGGCCUGAGUGAAUUCCUGAAUGGCUUGGCCGAUGGAAUUUGAAUAACACGGAUGGGAUAUUGGUUAAUAAUAUUGAUGGCUCGCGCAUAUAAUUUUCAACUGUUAAGCUAUAGUUUAGAACAUCAGUUGUAUUUUUAGCCAACACAAGAAUGCGAGGCUUUGUGAAUACCAGACA